AUGAAAGUUGCAGCAAAUAUUACUAAAAAUUGGUUGCAACGUCAAGAGUUGCGUUUGCAGCACAUUAAAUUGUGGCAGCGUGGACGGAAAGUGGGCAGUGAAAUAAUUCAGUCUAAGCCGAGAAGUGCUACAUUGAAAAUGCCAAAAGAACGCAAACAACACCGGCGUAUGUUGCAAGUGCGUAAUAUUUUUAGACGCGGCACAAAACAAGAUUACGAACACUCUGGCAGUUUUUUGGAGGCUAUUGGGCCCGUUUUGGUGCUGGCACAGUUAUUUGCGUUGAUGCCGGUUUGUGGUGUACUCUCGAAGACGGCAUCAGAAAUUUAUUUUUCCUGGAAAUGUGUGCGCACCUGGUACGCCUUGUUGGUCAUCGCUUGCCUAGGUCCAGCCAGUUUGUGUACGAUCACUUUUGCAUUUCACGAAAAAUUUAGUUUCGACACAGUUGAAGCCAUCGUAUUUUAUGUAUCGAUAUUUCUCAUUGCUUUGGGAUUUUUUCAAUUGGCACGCAAAUGGCCAGCGCUAAUGCUGCAAUGGGAGGGCAUUGAGUCAAAGCUGCCGCCGUUGAAGACGCAAAUACAGAGAGCAGCGCUGGCACAGAGAAUAAAAAUGAUAACACUUGUGGCAACCAUGUGCUCCGUGGUGGAACAUUUGCUUAGCAUGUUGGGCAUUAUCUACUAUGUGAAUGCGUGCCCAGCAAUACCGGGACAUCCCAUUCAGAGCUUUCUCCACUCGAAUUGGUCGCAAUAUUUCUAUUUUUUUGAAUACACCAAUCUGGCGGGCAUCUUAGGCAAAGUGUUGAAUAUCUUAUCGACAUUCGCAUGGAAUUUUAAUGACAUAUUCGUGAUGGCUGUGAGCGUGGCGCUUUCGGCACGCUUUCGACAACUCAACGAACAUAUGCUGCGCGUAGCCAAGCGGCCAACCACGGAAAAAUUCUGGAUAGAGAAUCGCAUAAAUUAUCGCAAUUUGUGUAAAUUAUGUGAAGCGACUGAUGACACCAUUUCCGUUAUAACACUGCUUUGUUUCUCCAACAAUCUGUUUUUCAUUUGCGGUAAAAUUCUUAAGAGUCUACAGAAGAAACCGUCUUAUUCACAUACCGCGUACUUUUGGUUCUCGCUGGGCUUCUUAUUGAUGCGCACCUUAAUGUUAUCGCUGUACAGCGCCGAAAUCCAUGAUGAAUCGCGGCGUCCGCUGAUAGUAUUUCGUGGUGUGCCCAGCGAAUUCUGGUGUCCUGAGCUUAAGCGUUUCUCGGAGGAAGUAACCACAGAUCUGGUUGCAUUGUCUGGCAUGAAAUUUUUUCAUUUAACUCGUGGUCUCGUGCUCUCGGUAGCAGGCAGCAUUGUCACCUACGAAUUGGUUUUACUGCAAUUUAAUAAGGAAGACAAAGUGGGCGAUUGUUACGAGAACUGAAUUUCUGCAUCGUGCGUCUUGGCAUAAUAUUAUAA